CGGAGGAAUCGGGAAUAAAUCGGCGAUUGGAGUGGUGGGGGGAAUGGCGGGGGCGCGGAGGAGGGGCGAGGAGGAGUACGAUUAUUUGUUCAAGGUGGUAUUAAUCGGCGAUUCCGGGGUGGGGAAGUCGAACCUGCUCUCCCGAUUCACCCGCAACGAGUUCUGCCUCGAGUCCAAGUCCACCAUCGGCGUCGAAUUCGCCACCCGCACCCUCCACGUCGAGGGCAGAGUAAUAAAAGCCCAGAUAUGGGACACUGCCGGUCAGGAGCGAUACAGGGCGAUCACGAGCGCCUACUACCGCGGUGCCCUUGGGGCCAUCCUUGUCUACGACGUUACCAAGCCGACGUCCUUCGAGAAUGUAAGUCGGUGGCUGAAGGAGCUCCGUGAUCAUGCCGACGCUCACAUCGUGAUAAUGCUCAUCGGCAACAAGACAGAUCUCAAGCACCUCCGCGCGGUCGCCUCGGAGGACGCGCAGAGCUACGCCGAGAGGGAAGGGCUGUCCUUCAUCGAGACUUCCGCCCUCGAAGCAACUAACGUGGAGAAGGCGUUUCAGAUGCUUCUUGCUGAGAUAUACAGAAAGAUAAGUAAGAAUACGAUGUCUUCUGAAUCCGGGGAGGGAUCCACUGGAGUUAAAGAAGGCAAGACGAUCGAUGUUUCGGCCGCUGAUGCUGAUAGUUCAAAGAAGCAAUGCUGCUCAACAUAGUUUUUGAUGAUGAAUUAUUUGGUGUCAAGUUAGGAAUUUAUUCUUUUUAGUUCUUAAAUUUGUUGUUCUUAUCUGGGUUUGGGACUUGCUUGAGAGUUUAUUUAAUUUGUUUAAUUGGAUCUCGGUGGGUUUUGCAGUCACUUUUUGUCAUGUCUAAGCUAAGGAGACCGGUGGAUAUGGUGUGUGGUGUAGGGCUAGUUUUAUCCUCAUGGUGUUUAUUUAUGUGAACUACUACUGUUUACAUGUGAAUGUGUUUUAUGUUAGAUAGAUAUUUGGCAAGCAGCUGCAAAUGAAAA